AUGCCACCGACUUUAAAGGCAUUAUACACCAGCCCUGAUAAGAGCUACAAUAAUUUCCGUUCGUGCGUUAGGACUUACAACAACACAUUUGCUUUUACUUCGCUUGGUAUUCAUAACUAUGAAAAAGAUUUGUGUAGGAGAAAUAAAGGCAUUUAUACUUUCAAAGUGCAAGGACAAAUUUACCAUUUUAUAAAUGACUUAUUGCCUGAUGGUUGUCCCCCCCGCAAUCUACAACUCUAUUUUUACGACACUGAUCAUGAAGUAGAGAAUAGAGUUAGCAAAGUUGGUCAUUUAGAUGAGAAAAUUGUCUCAGAUCUUAUCGAGGUCAUGUCUCACAACCCAUAUGCUAAAUUCUUUCGGAGUCUUAAGGAUCUUGUGCAUUCUGAUGAGUUUAGCAUUUCGCUGCAAUCAUGUCCUUCGCUUGACCAGAGGAUUUAUAAUGCACCAACAACUUCUCAAGUUGCUGCAGUGUGGAUUGAAGAUUUUGAGGGCUCUGGAGAUAAUAGGAACAUAAGGGUAUACGCACACAGUGGUCGUGCUCAGAAUAUCCAAUAUUAUUAUGGUUGUUAUGAUCCAUUACAGUACCCUUUGUUGUUCCCAUUCGGUGAUGCUGGAUGGCAUGAGGGUAUUGAACGAGUUUUUCCAAACAAUACUUCAACUCGCAAUACAUAUGCCAGUGCAUUGUAUAUCAAUGCUAAUGAUGUAUCAAAUGUUGAAGAAUUACUUCAAGCUGAGGAAACCGUAUUCCGAGAAAGGAAAAAACGGCGUUCAGUAUCUUGCAGGGAAUAUUACGCAUACAAAUUUCAAAUGCGUUCAGGUGACACAUCAUUAUUACUACAUACUGGCAGACUGUUUCAACAAUUUAUUGUUGACAUAUAUAUCAAGGUCGAAACACAACGUCUUGAUUAUUUUAGGAAGAAACAACAACUUUGUAGGUCAGAGAAUUUUCAAGGGUUGGUUGACAGUGUCAGUACCGGUGCGGUAUUUGGUAAUGAUGUUGGUCGCAGAGUUAUCUUACCUUCGUCGUUCAUUGGAGGACCUAGGGAUAUGCGUGGGCGAUAUAUGGAUGCGAUGUCACUUGUCCAAAACUUUGGUAAACCAGAUUUUUUCCUAACUAUAACAUGCAAUCCAAAUUGGCCAGAAAUUAAACGUCUUUUGGAAUUCAAUGACGAGGCACAUAAUAGGCCAGAUUUGGUUGCAAGAGUAUUUCAUGCUAAAUUGCAAGAAUUAAAGAAUGACAUUACAAAAAAACAUUUCUUUGGUGAGAUUUCUGCAUACACAUAUGUGAUUGAAUUCCAAAAAAGAGGUCUUCCACAUGCUCAUUUCCUUAUUAUUCUCAAAAACAAAUCCAUGAUGUCGUCGUCUUCUUUUGUUGACGAAUACGUGUGUGCAGAAAUCCCAAAUAAGGAAACGCAGCCAACGUUGUAUGACCUUGUAAAAAAACAUAUGGUUCAUGGCCCUUGUGGUUCUCUUAAUCAAACAUGUCCUUGCAUGGUCCAAAAGAAAUGCCAAACUUCACCCUCUUGCAAAAGCAAGUACCCUCGUUCAUUCUGUCCUGAGACUAGGUUUGAUGAUGACUCAUACCCUAUUUAUAAGAGGCGAAAUACCUCUUUUUUUGUUCAGAUUAAAGGGUUUAAGCUUGACAAUCGAUGGAUCGUUCCGUAUAAUCCUCAAUUAUUGUUGAAAUUUGAUUGCCACAUAAAUGUUGAGGUUUGUGCAACCAUUAAGUCUGUCAAGUAUAUAUACAAAUAUAUUUAUAAAGGCCAUGAUAGAGUUCGCAUGUCUUUGGCUGAUAACAUGAGCGAUUAUGUGAUUGACGAGAUUAAAGAAUACCAGAAUGCACGAUGUAUUUCUCCCCCUGAAGCUGCAUGGCGAAUAUAUGGUUUUGCAAUAGCCGAGCUAAAACCCGCUGUUAUUCAAUUGCAAGUGCAUUUGGAAAAUUCCCAAUAUAUAAAUUUUUAUGGACAUGAAAGAAUAAUUCAUAUUGUUAGUAGGGAAGAAGCAUGUCGUACCAUGUUGACAGAAUUCUUUUCUAUGAAUCUAGCAAAUGAAUAUGCGAAAAUGAUGAAUUUGCUUUAUGUUGAAUUCCCUUGCCAUUUUGUUUGGUGCAAAUCAACAAAGUCUUGGAAGCCAAGGAAACAACUGAAGGUCAUCGGUAGGCUUGUAACUGUUAACCCAACUGAAGGAGAACGAUACUAUUUGCGAAUGUUGUUGAUGAACGUAAGGGCACCCACAUCGUUUGAAUCCUUAAAAACUAUUAAUGGUUACUUUGCUGAAACUUUCCGUGAGGCAGUUGAAAAACUCGGACUUCUAUCUGGAGAUUCAAUCAUUGAACAAUCACUAGAUGAAGCGUUGCUAUUCCAAAUGCCAUCGAGUUUGAGGAAGUUAUUUGCAAUGCUUCUGAUCUUUUGUGAUCUUUCAAAUCCUCGUUCACUUUGGAUAAAAUACAAAUCUUACAUGUGCCAAGACUUCUUAAGGAAUGGAUUGCACACGAUUGAUGAAAGUGAAUCAUUAGUCCUCAAGUUGAUUGCAAACAACUUGCACAAAAUGGGCAAAAACUUAUAUGAUUACAACUUGGUUGAUACGUUUACUGAACUUGAUAUAGCAACAACAAUGACUCAUGAAAUAAUGUAUGAGCGAAGUUUGGAAGUUAGCGAGUCUGACUUGGCAGGCGUGCAGAAGUUGAAUGCUUGCCAACGUGCAGCAUUUGACACUAUCAUUGAAAAUGUCUUUGCGAACAAAGGCGGCAUAUAUUUUGUUGAUGGACCAGCAGGGACAGGCAAGACUUUUUUAUAUCGAUGCUUACUGGCGACUGUUAGAUCUAGAGGUUUUCUUGCUCUUGCAACUGCAACUUCUGGAAUCGCCGCAUCAAUACUUCCGGGCGGUCGCACUGCACACUCUCGUUUCAAAUUGCCACUCGAUGGGGAUGAUAAACACAUUUGCAAUAUAGGCAAACAAACUGCUGAGGCCCGAUUACUCAAAGAAUGCAAAUUAAUUCUUUGGGAUGAGGCUUCGAUGGCAAAUCGAAAGAUUAUUGAGAGUCUUGAUACAAGCUUAAAGGAUAUUAUGGAGUGUAAUGAUUUAUUUGGUGGAAAAGUCAUUGUAUUUGGAGGUGAUUUUAGGCAGACACUGCCAAUUGUAAGGCAUGGAAAAAAAGAAGAUUUUAUUGAAGCAUGUUUAGUUAAGUCAAGUUUGAUAUGGCCACACAUUCGACGAUUGACUUUAACGCAAAACAUGCGUGCACAGGAAGAUCAUACCUUUGCUGAUUAUUUAAUGAGGAUUGGUAAUGGUUCAGAAAAAAUGGAUUUGCAAAACAAGAUCAAAGUUCCAUCUCAUUUGCUAAUUAAAAAUAAUGGUUGUAGACCACCAUUAGACGUUCUGUUUGAAUCUGUCUACCCAGAUUUGGGCUUAUUUUCCAAUGAUCCAUACUCAUUGAUGGAAAGAGCAAUAUUGACAACAAAGAAUGAAUUUGUUGACGAAAUUAAUUUUCUCUUGUUAGACAAGUUCCCUGGUGCAAAUAAGACUUACAUAAGUUAUGAUGAACCAAGUGAUUCAAAAUAUUUACAUUGCCAAGAUUAUUUACACACAUUGUCUCCUGCUGGAUUGCCUCCACAUAUGUUGUGCUUAAAAAAAAGUUGUCCUGUGAUAUUACUAAGGAAUCUCAAUCCAUGUGAAGGUUUGUGCAAUGGUACAAGGCUUAUAUGUGAUGCGUUUGGAGAUCAUAUCAUAAGUUGUGUUAUUGCAGUCGGAGAAUACAAGGGUAAACAUGUAUUGAUACCUAGGAUACCACUUCAGACAUCGAAGGAUGAUAAAUGUGUCAUUCCAUUCAAAAGAACUCAAUUCCCGAUAAAAGUUUGCUUUGCAAUGACAAUUAAUAAAUCACAAGGUCAAACCCUAGAUUUUGUGGGAAUAUACUUGAAGGAGCCAGUUUUUAGCCAUGGGCAAUUAUACGUGGCAAUGUCGCGUGCAAAGACUGCAAGUUCAUUGAAAAUACUUAUAUGUACAGAUGAUAGUGAAUCCAUUGUAGCAAGUUUUACACAAAACAUUGUUUACCGAGAAAUUAUCAAGUAUAUUUCAUGA